GCCCGAAAAGCUUCAACAUGCCAGGAUGGAAGGCAGGUGACAACGCAGAGAAAUCACCAUCAGUACAUUAUGCAAACUGGAAAGAGGAUAUUUUGUUAAAAAAGCAAUUGCAUGUUCUGGAGAGGAGCGAGAAGAAUGUAAUUCACAGAAUCAAGAUAGAUCAGAAAGUGUUGUUUAAAAGAUUCCAGGAUAAACUUUACAGAUCUAAGCUAUGUGAGGCUCGUCUGCAUGGAAACAAAGAAACCGAGAGGGAACUUCGUGCCAAGCAGCUUCAUGGAUUAAACACUGAUUUCGGAAGCGCCGAAAAAGAUUACGAAUUCCUUACAAAGCUUCAAAAUAACAGAAAAAGGAAGGACAAAAAACAAAACAGGCAAAAGAAACCACCAGCAAUUAAGGUUACCACAUCAAAAGUUGGGAAGAAUGGCCUUAUCGAUGAUGUAUUUCUGGAGGAGAAAGGUCUCCGACGAAGGAGCAACUCCAUCACAGAAGGUAUGACAUCAAGAUCCACUGGCAUUACACCAGAGUCAUCACUUCCUCCACCAAAACCUCUAGAGAGACCCUCAACCACCGGAAGUCAGCCACUACCGCGCCAGAUUGAAGUCGGCGUUAAAACCCUGCCUGUUCAAAAAUACAUUCAUAUGAAUAUUUCUACAAAAGGAAAGAGCCCAGAAAAUAAACAAAUGCAUGCGCAUUUGGAUGAAUUACCGAAAAGCAAGACACGACCACACACCUGCAGACCUUCAUUAUUGCUACAGGUAACGCAAGACGCACCCGAAACACAGCGGAUGUCGGAAACCGAAAAUCACAGGAAGAAAUCAUCCAGCUUCUUUGAAGAUGAGAAGAAAGUAGACAUUAUAGACCUUCAGUUAAAAGCUAUCAAGUCUCUUAAUUACGAUGACAAAAUUAAAGAGUUUGUAGAUGCCCUGAGCGAUUUUGUUGUCGAUGAUAUUGAAGAUAGGGAUUAUUAUACUCUAAGGCUUCGGGCAGCCAUGAAAGAAAUGUCUGAAAAUAGAUAUGACACUGUACCCGGAACGCCAGAGGACGAAUACAAUCGGCACGUUGGAAACUUAGAACUAAAGAGUUUGACUUUCAAAAAUAUCAACCUCGAUUUCAGUUCCCGUGACCUCGUGACAACAGCAGACAACUUCCGUCCUGAUCUUCAGCCAGUCAUUUUGUCUUCCGAUGAAUCUAGUGAUGAUGAUGACGAUGAAUGAAAAAAGUUAAUACCUGGUGAUUGAGAAUAUUGACAUAAACUGCUUUAUUUAAUAGGAAAAUGCCCUAUAAAUAAAACAAAACUGGUAAAGUUAUUUCUGAAUUUAAUUGUACCAUAAUUACUACUAAAAAUGAAAAAUAUAAAAACAAUCAUGUGUUUAUCUGAUGUGGCUAUGUUAUAAAGUAUGAUGGUGAGUGUUGAGUAUGAAAA